AUGCUUUCAAUAUUAAGAAAAGCUCGAUUAAAGGACAAGGAGAUGCGGAUUUUGAUGCUCGGGCUUGACAAUGCCGGCAAGACCACCAUUGUGAAGAAGAUUAUGAACGAGGAUGUCAAUACAGUCAGUCCGACGCUGGGUUUUAUUAUCAAAACAAUAGAUUUCAUGGGGUAUCGGUUGAAUAUAUGGGACGUAGGAGGCCAGAAAACCCUUCGAUCUUACUGGAAAAACUAUUUUGAAAAGACCGAUACUUUAAUUUGGGUGGUCGAUGCGACAGAUCGACUUCGAGUCGAUGACUGUCGAGAAGAACUGGCCGGUUUGCUUUUGGAAGAGCGUCUUAUGGGUGCUAGUCUCUUGAUCUUCUUGAAUAAGACCGAUGUCGAGGGAUGCAUGAGUCAAGAUGAAGUCCGCGAACGUCUCUGCUUGGAUGCCAUCAAAACACACAAAUGGACCAUAUUGCCCUGCAGUGCCAUGACCGGAAGAAACCUCCACGAAGGACUGGAAUGGGUGAUCCAAGACGCGAAGGACCGACUAUUCCUGUACUAG